AUGGGCGACCGCGACGCUGACGACGCGGCGGCGGCGGCGGCGGCGGCGGCAGCGGCGGACGACGCGCUGAUGUGCCGGCCGCCCCCGGGCCUGCUGCAGCAGCAGCAGCAGCGCGCGCACUCGCGCUCCAUGUCGUCGCUUCCCCCGGAGCCGUUCAUGAUCAUGCGCACCAAGGCGCUGCACCGGCGCGUGUGCAUCAACGUGGGCGGCGUGCGGCACGAGGUGCUGUGGCGGACCUUGGAGCGGCUGCCCCACACGCGGCUGGGGCGGCUGCGCGAGUGCAACACGCACGAGGCCAUCGCGGAGCUGUGCGACGACUACUCGCUCGUCGACAACGAGUACUUCUUCGACCGCCACCCCAAGUCCUUCAGCUCCAUCCUCAACUUCUACCGCACGGGCAAGCUGCACCUGGUGGACGAGAUGUGCGUGCUGGCGUUCAGCGACGACCUGGAGUACUGGGGCGUGGACGAGCUCUACCUGGAGUCGUGCUGCCAGCACAAGUACCACCAGCGCAAGGAGCACGUGCACGAGGAGAUGCGCAAGGAGGCGGAGUCGCUGCGCCAGCGCGAGGAGGAGGAGUUCGGCGAGGGCAAGUGCGCGCAGUACCAGAAGUUCCUGUGGGACCUGCUGGAGAAGCCCACCACGUCCAUCGCGGCCAGGGUGAUCGCUGUGGUGUCCAUCCUGUUCAUAGUGCUGUCUACCAUCGCCCUCACGCUCAACACUAUCCCCAGCCUGCAGAUGUUCGACGAGAAAAACCAGCCGAUGGAUAACCCCCAGUUGUCGAUGGUAGAGGCGGUGUGCAUCACUUGGUUCACGCUCGAGUACGUGCUGAGGUUCAGCGCCUCGCCCAACAAGUGGAAGUUCUUCAAGGGCGGUCUCAACAUCAUCGACCUGCUGGCCAUCCUGCCCUACUUCGUGUCCUUGUUCCUGCUGGAGACCAACAAGAACGAGCAGUUCCAGGACGUGCGCAGGGUCGUGCAGAUAUUCAGGAUCAUGAGGAUCCUCCGCAUCCUCAAGCUGGCCAGGCACUCGACGGGGCUGCAGAGCCUGGGCUUCACGCUGAGGAACUCGUACAAGGAGCUGGGGCUGCUGAUGCUCUUCCUCGCCAUGGGCGUGCUCAUCUUCUCGAGCCUGGCGUACUUCGCGGAGAAGGAGGAGCCGGGCACCAAGUUCAUCAGCAUCCCGGAGACGUUCUGGUGGGCGGGCAUCACCAUGACCACCGUCGGCUACGGCGACAUCUACCCCACCACCCCUCUGGGGAAAGUGAUAGGAAGUGUCUGUUGCAUCUGUGGUGUACUGGUGAUCGCGCUGCCCAUUCCCAUCAUCGUGAACAACUUCGCCGAGUUCUACAAGAACCAGAUGAGGCGGGAGAAGGCGCUCAAGAGGCGCGAGGCCCUGGACCGGGCCAAGCGCGAGGGCAGCAUCGUGUCCUUCCACCACAUCAACCUGAGGGACGCGUUCGCCAAGAGCAUGGACCUCAUCGACGUGAUUGUCGACACGGGUCACAACAUGUCGCAGGCGGACGGCAACAGCACGGAGGAGGGGGAGAGCGCGAGCGGCGGCAAGGGCGCCGCCGGCGGCUGCUACCGCAACUACGAGCACCAGUCGGCGCGCCACCGCCGCAGCGACUCGUCGCAGCGCGCUGCCUGCCUGCCCGCCGCCUCCGGCCUGGGCGAGCCGCCCCCGCCCGCCCCCGAGGCGCUCCUGCUGGACCUGCCCCCCGCCGCCGCCGGCGAGGAGGAGGGGGCGGACCCCGAGACGCAGCCGCUCACCGGGUCCCGCGGGGGCUACGCCUCCCUGGAAAACAGCAAAAAAGAUGACAAGAAAAUCGACAAAGUUGAUGAUUUGCCUAGUGAGUUCGAAUGUUGCUUUUGCGCAUCGAAGGUAGUAUACGACGUUUCUGCUCUUUCCUUUACUCAGGUCGCAGUAGGCAUGAGGAGGGUGGUUCGGGGGAAAACAUCCCCUUGCACGCUCAGUGCACGUAGAGUCGCCCCCUCCACACGCGUGCCCCCUCCCCCUGUGACCGGGCCGGCCAUCCACUCUGAGGACUUCAAGGAGUUCAUCGACGCGGAGAGCUUGAUGCCGCGCGCCACCAGCGACUUCCGCAGCCCCGUGUGCCUCGAGAUGCGCGCCCUCCGCACCGGCUGCUUCGCCGUCGACGCCACUCCCCGGCAGCAGGCGCUGGCCAACGGCGACGUGGGCAGCCUCGCCUCCUCGGACACCACCUUCGCCAGCUGCCACACGCACCCCUACCCCUCGCAGGGCGACCUCGCGUCCGACGAGGCCGAGCCGGCGUGCGCGCUCGACUCCAACCUGUACGUGAACCCGCUGGAGGCCUCGCGCGGGGGCGGCGCGGGGCCCCCGGGGGCGGCGGUGAAGAAGAGCGCCUCCGGGGACACGGGGCUGCGCAGCCUGGGCGCGUCGCCGCUGGAGGAGGGCUUCAAGGGCUUCCGCGACGUGGGCAGCCGCGGCAGCCUGGACGAGCCGCCGCUGCCCAAGCACCGCAAGACGCGCUUCCAGCAGGGGGCGAAGCCUCGCACGAGGUUCGGCGACCCGGAGCGCGUGCUGGCGGACUCGCAGGAGAGCCUGGAGGCGAAGAAGAGCUUCCGCAGGGGCUUCAUGCCGGGCCGCAGCCUGGCGUCGGCCACGCGGCUCAUCAACCAGCACCUGUUCGGCCUGCACAGCCUGGGCGGGUCCCGCUCGGGCAAGAUGGGCGGCAGCAAGACGUCGCUGUCCGUGGACUCCAUCGACAGCCGCACCAGCCCCACGCUGGAGGCGCACCGCCGCUCCAAGUCCAUCCUGAAGAAGUCGGAGCACCAGCACGCGCGCAACGGCCGCUCGGCGCACGACCCGGAGGCGGAGAAGCUCAUCUCGGACGGCGGCGGCGAGUUCUCGCCGGCCAAGGCCCCGCUGGCGCCGCCGCCCACCACGCGCCAGCCGCCGCGCUACUCGGCCGGCAAGUUCGCGCCGCCCCCGCCGCCGCCGCAGCAGUGGGGGUUCCACCGCCGCCCGCCGCCGCCGCUGGCGCUCGACGACCUGCUGGGCGGCGAGAAGCACGCGCUCGACGAGGCGGCCGUCGAGAACAGGCACAAGGAGCGGCUGGAGGGGGGAGGCUGCGGGCCGGCGCCCGGCGACGGCGGCUGCUGCGUGGGGCCGGUGCUGUACAUCUGCCCGCCGCCCCCGGGGGCGGCAGACGAUCUCUCGCCCACCGAGGAGACCAAGCUGCUGCUGCAGCAGGCGGCGGAGGCGGGAGGAGGCGGCACGACUCGACCGCCCAGGCACAGGGAGCACAGCGCCUCGUAG